GCAAAUACUAUGGUCGUAUAAGUCUUUCAUAUACGAUUGCUUGAAACACAACGUCGAUUUACUAAGAACAAUAGAUUUAUUUGUAAAAAAAAAAUAGAAAACAUUGAUUUAUUUUGAACUGUGUUUGUAAUUUUAUUUUUAAAUUUUAAAUAAUGAUAAGUCCAACAUCAACAACUACAGAAUCGGCUGCAGCAGUAGGUCCAUUAAAUGGACAUGGAUUUAUGAAUAUGUCAUCUGCCUCAUCAACAACAACUAAUAAAUUAAAUUAUUUUUCUAUGUUGAACCUUGAUAAUCCCGUAUUUUGUUGUUUUCUGUUUUGGACCAGUGUUUUAGUGAUAAAAAUGCUUUUAAUGUCUUUAUUGACUGCAUUGCAACGUUUUCGUUAUAAAGUUUUUCCCAAUCAAGAAGAUUUGUUUUUCAAUAAUAUAGAAGUACAAUUCAAUGAUCCUCAAGUGGAGAGAGUAAGAAGAGCCCAUCGCAAUGAUAUGGAAAAUAUAUUGCCUUAUUUCACUAUGUCUUUGUUGUAUAUUUGUACUAAUCCUUCAGCGGUAGUAGCUUGCAAUCUAUUUCGUGUAGCUGCUGUAGCUCGUGUGGUGCAUACUUUGGUUUAUGCCUUUUAUCCGGUACCUCAACCUUCAAGAGUUUUAGCCUGGGGUCUAAUGUUUGUCAUUACUUUGUAUAUGGCCGCCGAUGUUGGUUUACAAAUGAUCAAAUAUAUUUAAAAAGUUUUUAAAUUAUAAAAACUUACGCAGAAUUGUAUGAAUUUUAUAACUCAAUUUUUUGAUUCUUAAUAUUCUUAUAAUUCGUGAAACAAUGUAAUCGAAUAUUGAGAAAAAGUGUAAUUAUAAUAAAAAAUAUACAUGAAUAAAGAAUUUUUUGUGUUCAAUUCAAAACUACAUUCAAUAUUUUGGUCUAAAAUCCUACUCCGCUUGUCGAGAUAUUAAAAUUUUAUUUGU